CGAGAACGCUCCUCCGUGCGCUCGGCACCGCGCCGCCGACCGACGAGAAUCGAGAGAGAGAGAGAGAGAGGAGGCUUUCGUAGCUGUCGCCUGCACCGCUGCUUCUGCUGCUGCUGCUACUACUGAACGCGAGGGAGCUCGUGGACACGAAGCGAGGAGGAGCACAAGUGAGGAGUUUUCCGCUGCUCUCGCCGCCGAGGGCGAGAUGGGACCAGCCGAGAAGCGACGCCGGGAUGACGGCGCGCUCCGGCCCCUGCCGGUCCUCGCCUGCCUCUAUCUACUCGUCGUCGCCCUCGUUUGCCACCUGCCGCCAACCCAGGCCGUGUCGUGCAGCGAUUACAAAUGCAACUGCAAGGGUAUCAAGGGCGACGUAGGAAUAUUCGGCAUCACAGGAGUCCAAGGACCGGAAGGUGAACCCGGUGACACGGGACUCGACGGUCCCGAGGGUCCCAAGGGUGAGAAGGGCCAGUCUGGAGAGAUAGGUCUCACCGGCGAGAAAGGUCUUCGGGGUGAAGCGGGUAUUCAAGGAUUUCCUGGUCGGCCUGGAGAGUCGGGUCGAGCCGGACCCACAGGACCCAGAGGACCCGACGGUCUCGACGGCUGCAAUGGAACGGACGGAAGAGCCGGUGUUCCCGGUUACCCUGGACCUCACGGUGAGAGGGGACCCUUCGGUCAUCCUGGUAUGAAGGGUCCGCCUGGUGACGCUGGCGAGGGUGGUGUCAAUACCAAGGGUGUCAAGGGAGAACGCGGUACGGCUGGUCUCGACGGCAGACCGGGUCCCGAAGGUCUUCGCGGACUUCCCGGCGACAACGGAUAUCCCGGCGAGACAGGUGACAUCGGUUACGCAGGCGCUCAAGGUCUUCCCGGUCUGAGGGGUGACAAGGGUGACGACGUCACCGGACCCAAGGGAGAGCUUGGUGAACAAGGAGACCGGGGUGAAAAGGGCCAGCCGAAUCUGAACGCAUCGCACAGACCGCCGAACACGACGACACGUGCCGGGCCUCAGGGACCCAGAGGCUACAAGGGUGAGCCCGGUGAGCACGGCCGCAAAGGAGAACAGGGAAACAAAGGACUGCCGGGACACGCCGGACGUGAUGGAUUGAAAGGCACGAAAGGAGAACAAGGUGAUGAUGGCCCGAGAGGAAAACAAGGUGUUACAGGGCCCCAGGGUCCGUCGGGAGAAAAAGGCCAAAAAGGUGCUCCCGGUUACUUUGGCAAACAGGGACCCGAGGGAGCUAAGGGUGAACAAGGUGAUCAAGGUAGACAAGGUACACCCGGAAGACAAGGAGCUGCCGGUGAAAAGGGUCAGUACAUACCGGAACUCGAUGAGAUCAUCAGGGGUAGCAUCGGUAUCCAGGGUGACGUCGGUUUCCCCGGAGAACCAGGCCCUCCUGGAACGCCUGGAGAACCAGGAAAGAUCGGAUACAUCGGACCACCAGGACCUCCCGGUCCUCAAGGUCCGGCAGGAAAACCGGGACCCAAGGGAUCAUCCGUCAAAGGAGAGCGCGGAGAUGAUGGCCCAGCUGGGCCUAUCGGAUACCAAGGCCCGAUUGGUCUACCCGGACCAGUUGGUCCUCCUGGGGAAAAAGGUUUCCCCGGAAUAACGAUCACUGGGCCACCCGGGCGAGAUGGUUUCCCCGGCAUUGACGGUCAAGAAGGUCCUUUGGGCGAUCGAGGAGAACCUGGUGCACCAGGUCCCAAGGGUUUCCCUGGCAAAGGUUCGCCGAUCGUGGGUCCUAAAGGAGAGGCCGGUCUACCCGGUUUGCCAGGUAUGCCCGGCGUACCCGGUUUAAAAGGUUGGGACGGACCUAAAGGAUUCAAGGGUUUUCGUGGUGACGACUGCGGUGUGUGUGCUCCAGGAGCACCGGGUGAGAAGGGAGAGUUGGGCACCCCAGGUUACGACGGUUUCAAUGGAGCCCCGGGAUUCCCUGGUCUUCCAGGUCCCCGAGGUUACAAAGGUACGAUGGGUAUGCCAGGUGCACAAGGAGCCCCAGGUCUCGACGGUGAAAACGGUCUGCACGGUAUGGGAGGAGCACAAGGUCCCAAGGGUCCAGCUGGUCGCGUUAUCCUACCGGGUUCGCAUCACGUAUCGCCUCCAGGUGACAAGGGAGAUAAGGGCUUUCCUGGUAUCGUGGGUUUAAGAGGUAUCCGUGGAAGACCUGGCGAUGAUGGAGAUUUCGGCUUCGACGGACCAAAGGGAGAGAAGGGUGACUAUGGUAUGCCCGGUAACCCCGGCCGCGACGGACAACCUGGCUGGAAUGGCGUCGAUGGACUGAAAGGUGAACCGGCACCGAUUCCGAAGGAGUACCUUAAAGGUGACGGAGGAUACGACGGAGCACCUGGACCGAAAGGAGAGAGGGGAACUCCUGGUGCUAAGGGAGAAGUAGGAGACUCGUCGCAACACGAUAUUAUGCCGUUCAAAGGCGUUGUAGGACCGAGAGGAUUCGAAGGAGAUGAUGGCAAAGAUGGUCGCAAGGGAGAAAGAGGAGAUACCGGAUUCAGAGGUCUAAUGGGUCUAUCUGGUGAACCAGGACCACCUGGUUUCUCAGCUCAAGGGCCAGACGGUAUUAAGGGAUUCCCUGGUGUGCCAGGAGACGAAGGACCUCGCGGUCCUGCGGGUUUCCCUGGCGGAUCCGGUAUCGAUGGUAUGCCGGGACUUGCCGGUCCUAAGGGAGACCGUGGUGACAUAGCCAACAACUUCUACUACGGAGACCUCGGUGAGAUGGGAUUUAAAGGCGAAGAGGGUGAUAUGGGUGACUUCGGACCGCCAGGUUUUCGCGGUCCACCCGGUGAGCCAGGCAUCAAAGGUUUUAAGGGCGAGAGAGGAUCGAUCGGCUAUGCCGGAUUCCCCGGUACACCAGGGGCGAAGGGGCCACGCGGAGAUAGCAUUCAAGGCUGGAGGGGAGAGCCCGGCCUUCCUGGAAUUCCGGGACGGCCAGGAAUGAUCGGUGAUAUGGGCUUCAAAGGUCUUGACGGAGCCCCAGGAUUCGACGGCGACAAGGGUGUACGCGGUAACGUAGGUUUACCUGGCCGUCGAGGUCCGGAUGGUGAAACUGGUCAUCAAGGUUUCACCGGUAUGGAUGGACAACUAGGUUUCCUCGGAGCUCCAGGCGAGGAUGGCGAUAUUGGUGAAGUCGGUGAUGUGGGACCAAAAGGCUGGGAAGGUUUGAUGGGUGAGCCUGGUAUGAAUGGCCCCAAGGGUGAACGUGGAGACUACGGUCUACCGGGAGUCGAGGGUCCACCUGGUCCUCCAGGAUGGCGAGGUCUGAAGGGUGACAGAGGUUUCAUGGGUCUGAAAGGAGAACGGGGUGAGAACUCGUUCAGCGGUCCCCAGGGUGAGCUCGGAGAGUCUGGAUUUGUCGGAGCUAUGGGACCUCCGGGACCACCAGGAGUCGACGGCAGACCUGGUCUUCCUGGAACUAAGGGAUUGUCCAUUGAUGGUUUCAUGGGACUAAAGGGUAUAAGAGGAGACAACGGAUAUCAUGGGUUUAACGGAACCAAGGGAGUAAAGGGAGAGCCUGGUGAUUUUGGUCGAGACGGAUUCAAGGGAGAAAUGGGUGACGUGGGACCAAAAGGUCACAAGGGUUAUCCAGGAACGCACGGACUUCCAGGAUUCAAGGGUGAACGAGGACCAAUGGGUCCACCGGGAGUCGAUGGUCCGAAAGGAAAACGCGGUCCCGACGGAGAUCCCGGGCUUAUGGGGCGUCCAGGUAUGCCUGGAGACAUUGGUCCGACAGGUUUAAGAGGACGACCAGGUCCAGCUGGACCUAAAGGUCUGAUCGGUGAGCCUGGUUUCCCUGGAUUUGGUAAUGCAACUUACGGCGAUGAAGGAGACGAUGGGUUGGAUGGUUUGCCUGGCAGGAAAGGGGAAAGAGGACCUAUUGGAUACAUGGGAGCUCCCGGAAGAAAGGGAGAACAGGGAGAGUACGGUAUGCCGGGAAUGGAAGGAUUCCCUGGAUUCCCUGGUCAGAAGGGUAUGGUCGGUGACGUCGGUCCAGAGGGUCCAGCUGGACCUCCCGGUGAAUUCCCUGAACACGGAGAACCUGGUGUUCCUGGACUCGACGGCAGACCAGGACUCCAUGGCAGACCUGGUUUCAAGGGUAGUCCAGGAGACUACGGAUAUGAUGGUCCAAAUGGAAUGACUGGAGAACCUGGAAUAAGUUAUCCUGGACCUAAGGGAGAAAGAGGAGACAUUGGUCCACGAGGCUAUAUAGGCUUCCCAGGAGCUCCAGGUAUGGAAGGAAUGCCUGGUUUUCCAGGUCCUAGGGGACCGAAGGGUAUGCAGGGAGAUAUCGGUUAUUCGGGUAUCAGUAAUAAGGGUGAGUUUGGUGAACUCGGUCUCCCUGGAUUGGAUGGACGACCAGGAGCUAAGGGACAGCAAGGUGACGAAGGAUUUGCUGGAAUAACGGGAUUGCCUGGUCUGAAGGGAGAACGUGGAGAUGACGGUUAUGCUGGAAGACCUGGUCUACGGGGUAUGGACGGUCGCAAAGGUCAAAAGGGUGAACGCGGUCAUUUUAUUCCUGGACCAAGAGCUUUGAAGGGAUUCAUGGGUGAACCUGGUUACCCUGGCUUCCCAGGAGAACGUGGUUUGCCUGGAAUAGUUGGAGAACCAGGAGAGGACGGUAUACCAGGUCGCGUUGGAGAGACGGGUAUGACGGGACCACCUGGUAACCCAGGAAUCGAUGGCCCCGAUGGACCAGAUGGUCCGGAAGGUGAAGCUGGAGCGACUGGUCGUGCUGGAGCCCAAGGAUUCCCGGGAGCUCCGGGAUUACCAGCACCUCCAGGCCCCGGACCGAAAAAUCGAGGAUUCUACUUCGCCAGACAUUCGCAAUCCGCGAUGAUUCCGGUAUGCCCGAGAAACACGGUCAAAAUGUGGGAUGGUUUCUCACUUCUCCACGUUAUGGGCAACAGUUACGCGCACGCUCAAGAUUUAGGUACUCCCGGAAGUUGCUUGAAGAAGUUCUCGGUGAUGCCGUUCAACGUAUGCAAUCUGAACAACGUGUGCGACUACGCGAACCGCAACGACUACAGCUACUGGCUGAGCUCGAAUGAACAGAUGCCAAUGUCGAUGACGCCGAUCCCGUCUCGCGAAGUGGGCGCCUACAUAUCACGUUGCUCGGUCUGCGAAGCACCGACGCGCCUCAUCGUCAUGCACAGCCAGUCGAUGGCAAUACCCGAGUGCCCCGGAGGCUGGGAAGAGCUCUGGGCUGGAUACAGUUUCCUGAUGCACCGCGACGCCGGAGCAGCGGGCGGUGGUCAACCUCUGUCCUCGCCAGGCUCCUGCCUGGAGGAGUUCCGCGCGCGUCCGUUCAUCGAGUGCCGCGGACAGGGCACCUGCAACUUCUUCUCGACGGCAGUCUCCUACUGGAUGGCCACCAUCAAGGACUACGAACAGUUCCGCAAGCCUCAACAGCAGACCCUCAAGACCGACCACACGUCCCGGGUCUCGCGUUGCUCGGUCUGUAUCCGGAGGCGCGUGAGCGAGGAAUCAGCCCACCGGGGAGGAGCUCGACCACCUUACCAGAGCAAUGUCCAUGGCGGACUUCGAGAACCGACCGCCAGUUACCAUCCGGAUGACGCCAACAACGAGAUCGAGGGCAACGGCUAUUACCAGCACCAGCGCAACCCUGGCCAAGACUGGCGCAGGUAUCCCUACGGGGAUCAGAGGCAGUACCAACAGCCACAGCAGCAACAGUAUCCACAGAGAAGGCGCAGACCCAACGAGAACAGGCGAGUAGCCGACAAUCUGAGAAGGAGGGGCCGACACCGCAAGCACGCCGAGGUCCAGGAGUGAGGUGGACGAUUGAGCGCUUAGAGCUGCCUUGAAUCCCGGACGAAACGGGCGGGAGCCGAUCCUGCUGUGCUGAUUUUCUUCUUCUUUCGGGGAGCGUUCGUUCGACUCCUUGCGUCAGUACCAAAAAGCUCGUCGAGAGCAAGGUGCCGGGAAAAAUUAACUCUUGGAAAAGCUUAGUACGAUACUUGUGUUGAACAAUCUUCUUUAGAAGUAUGAAAAUCCUGGAGUUCAUUUCUGCCGGUACUAGCGUUACGAUUCAUACAAAUUCAAAAAUUCGAUUUUUUUAGACUUAGAAUUUUUAAGAACAGAUGGUUAUUUAAUUAGCUUUAAGAUAGAGAUUCACUUUGUACGAACUUUGUAUACACAUAUGUUUUAUAGAAAAAAAAAGAAGAAAACUAUAAUAUAUAUGCAUGAUCAAAUAUUGUCUAAAGCUAUGAAUGCGCAAAAAUAUCGCAUAUUUAAAUAUCGAAAUAAUAUAAUUAUAUCGUGUCAAUCUUUAGAGAAAGACAAAAGCCAUUUCGACUUGAAAUAACAGUAAAAAAUUCAUUUAAUUAAUCCGAAUGCGUACAUCGUCCUAGCCAAUUUAAAGUCAAUAAUUUACGUGCUAUUCUGUAAGUCAACUGCUGCAGUAUAACAACUUUUGUACGAUAAUGUUGCAGUUUUAUAGUACACUUACCAGUGCUAGUUGUAGAGAUAUAAUUUUAAACAUUAAUAUAAAGCUUUUUCAUAUCUGUAAAAUAUACCAAAAUACUUUUCUAAUAUUGAAUAUUAUAAAAUUAUUGAUCCGAUCUACGGUUUACCGCGCUUAAUAAAAUAAAAAUUGAAUUUCUGGUUUGCGCUUUAAUCGUUGCGAAGCAACGCAUAUUUUGAUAAAAAUGAAUAGUUAUGUAUAUAAAUGAAAGUGAUGUUUUUGAUAAAAUGUGGCGCGUAUACAUGUAUAUUUAUAGACACUGCCGCUGCACUCGCUUAAUAACGAAAGAGCUAUAAAAGCGCCGUGCCAUACCGCGUUGAAUAUCCCCUUUUCAACGACUGCCAAAUAUGAUUUAUGACUCAGCGAUAGAGUGCCUUAUAUAGAGAUUUAUUGAGUCAAGAGAUAAUUAAUUUUAUUUUUUAUCAACGCAAUAAUAUUAUUGCUGAAUUGUAAUGUUAUGUAUCAGUCACUGAAUAAAAUAAUAUAAAGUAAAAUUUA